GCGAGUCCUGCGGUGGUGGCGAUAGCCGGGCUGUGCAAGAUCAACUGCAGAAGGUUCAGGAGAUUCAGUCCACGAAGUUCGCCUUCGCCGCGCUUUGCAGCAACGGAUCUGUGGUGGCCUGGGGCGAGGCUGCAUCUGGCGGUGAUUGCAGCGCGGUGCAGGAUAGCCUGGAAAACGUGCAGAAGAUCCAGGCUUCUGCUCAUGCCUUUGCCGCACUUCGUCGAGACGGCUCAGUAGUUUCCUGGGGACUGCGAAAGUUUGGUGGCGACAGUCGCAGUGCGCAG